AUGAGCGAAAGUGAAAGGAAACCUCGUCUGUGUCAUCUAGUGAAAUGGCCAGAAUUUUCAGGCUAUGGUUUCAACUUGCACGCUGAGCGGGGCAAAGCGGGUCAGUACAUCGGAAAAGUCGACGAAGGUUCGCCGGCGGUGGCUGCAGGGUUGAAAGAGUCCGACCGCAUAGUUGAAGUUAAUGGGGUAAACAUUGGAAACGAGAAUCACCAGCAGGUGGUGUCAAGGAUCAAAGCUGGUGGUGAAGAGGUUACUCUACUCGUCGUGGAUGCUGAAACUGACAGUUAUUACAAAGAAAACCGCAUUCUGGUGACAAGUACAGACGAAGAUAUAUUAAAGUUUUCGGCAGCCCGCGACGAGCCACGCCCGGCAGAAACUGAAAGCACCCCACUAGACCCUGAGGAUGAGCCUGAACCAGAGGUUGAAGAACAGGAACCUGAGCCUGAACCAGAGGUGGAGCAGGACCCAGAAACUGUGCUCCAUGACUACGAAACUGUUCCUCCAUAUGUUAACCCUCAGGAUGAGGAGGAGCAGGAGGUUGCUGCAGAAGUAGAGCCAGAACCAGAACCGGAACUGGCACCAGAACCAGAGCCAGAACCAGAACCAGAGGUCAGCGUGACCCCGGCGGUGGUCAGUGAUGUGGUGGAGGAUACUCCUGUGAAGUUUUACCCACGUUUGUGUCACAUGGCAAAGUGGCCUGAUUUUGUCGGCUAUGGUUUUAACUUGCAUGCAGAAAGAGAUCGUACUGGUCAGUUUAUUGGCACAGUGGAUGAUGCCUCACCAGCUCAGACGGCUGGCCUUAAGGAAGGGGAUCGGAUUAUCGAAGUCAAUGGAUCUAACAUUGAGUCUGACUCUCACCAGGAGGUCAUUCGCAAGGUGAAAGCUGGCGGGGAUGAGACACAGUUAUUAGUGGUGGACACCGAGACAGAUGAGUACUACAAAUCUCGAGGAAUUCGGGUUCACAAUGGUCUGGAAGAGGUCCGUUAUAAGAAGUCUGAUCGCAGCGAAGUUCAAGAAAACAAGGAGAACCAGGUCCCCAGCAUGAACUCGGACAGUGGAGUCACUGCCAGGUUAUGUCACAUUAAAAAAUGGCCUCAUUUUCAGGGCUAUGGUUUUAAUUUACAUGCAGAAAAGAACAAAAGUCAUGGACAAUUUAUUGGUAAAAUAGAUGAUGGAUCUCCAGCGGAAAAUGCAGGAUUAAAAGAGGGAGAUAGAAUUGUGGAAGUGAACGGAGCAAAUGUAGAAGUUGAAUCCCACCAAGCAGUGAUAGGGUAUAUAAAGGCUGGUGGUAACGAAACAAGACUGCUCGUGGUAGAUUCUGCAGCGGAUCAGUCUUUUAAAUCCCGAGGAAUAAAGAUUAGUGGUUCCAUGUCGCAGCUCCAGUACAUCAAGACGGAAGACAGAGGGGCUCCAGUCAAUGGACAAGCAGAAGUCUCUCAGCCUCAACGCCAAAUGGCUCCUACUCCAGCAGUAAACUCUGCUCCGCCUCAGACAAAUGGCAAACCUGCUGACCUGUCCCAGGGGCUCCAAAUGUCCGCCAAAGAAAUGAGAGAGAUGCUUGCUCGUAAGAAGAAGGCCGAUCCAAAACACAACAAGAUGUCUUUCCAGUCCAAACUUGAGGCCUUCCAGAAAAUGUGAUUGUUGUAGCAACAGUCUAUAUCUGGGAUGUACAGAACACCUCUGUGGGCUGUACAGAACACCUCAGUAAACUCUAGAGGUGGGAAAUAUGUUAGAAUGAUGUUUCAUAUGUUAGAAUGAAGUUUCAUAAGUAUACAGAUACAUUUGAAUUAUAUUCGUGCAUCUGGUAAAGGUCGUCCAUAUAGAUUUAUUCAUGUAAAGAGUCGAGGUGGACUUGAAAUAGAGAUACAGUGAUGUUUCUGAUGUAGGUUGAUAGUACAGACAUACCUAUGUAUCAUGAGAAUUACGGUCUUACAGAUGUAUACAUAGAACAGAGAUUCCAGUUUGUUUUUUUCUCUAACUAUGAUAGGUUAUAUCUAUUAGGUGAAGAUUAUGAAUAUCUGUAUGAAUGUGGGUAAGAGCUCUUUGUAUGACUGCUACAUUAUAUAAGUUCCUCUAUGGCCAAUGUUCUGAGUGUUGUAAACACACUCUAAUCUAGUAUUUUCAUGAACUGCUGGAUUGACUUUUGGUCAAGCUGAGCUGAAGCCUGGCGUAUAUAUAAACAUGGUUGACCCUCUUGAAUUAUUAGACGAAUCCCAAAUGAAAUACCGCAUUUUGCUACAUUGAAGUCUACAUUGAUCAUCAUUUUGCAGUUUCUUGUACUCAGGACCAAGAAUGUUAAUACUGUGUGUUAUUCAUGUUUAAUUUCCUAAAUUUUGUAAGUUGGUAGAUCCAUGUCCUAUCUCCAUUCAACAGGAAAAGUAAGUCCAGUCGCCUCCUAUAGAAUCCAUGUACAUUUAUUUUGUUCUUGUUGAUUAACAAAAUAGCAUUUCUGAAAGUACAAGAAAUAGGAUUCCAAACUAAAAUAUCAAACUUCACCUUACACCUUAAACUAGUGAUGUUCUGUUUAAUUGACCUCGUCAAGUAUUUGUUGGUUACACCUAUUAGAUAAUAAUUGAAUACAUUGCUUGUCAGUAAAAUAAAAAGUGGCAUUCACGUUUUCUAUCUUUCGCAGAAAAGUCUUGAAUCUCGAUCAUGUCAAUGAACAUUACGAAGUGAUUAAGUAUCUGGUUUAAUGAGACAAGUCAUCAUAAAUAGACAGAUCUUAUCACAGUAGUGUAGUGUAUUCUUCAUGAUAUUGCGACAAAAAAGUGUUAAGUACA